AUGCUUCAAGUAUCAUUGGGACGUUCGAUAAGCGAUGCUUGGCUAAUUAUUUUGCAAAUAUUAUUAAUUCAAUUGAUGAAUUAUUUUUUAUUGGUAUUAAUGUGUGUGGUGGUGGAUUUACCAUUCGGAUACGUUCCGACAUUGGAACAGAUAUUCUCAUAUAAGGCCAUUUCUGUUUUCAGUUUGUUUGGAUGGAUUAGUAUUGGAAUUUGGGUAUUGGAUGGUUUUGUGGGUGGAUUUUUACUAUUCAUGAUUGUAAGACGUAGUAAGAAAUGCAUGGAUUUCACAAUUACUUUCCAUGUUAUUCAUUUGAUUUUCUGUAUCAUUUACAAGGCAUUUCCAGUUUAUUGGGAAUGGUAUGUCUUUAUUGUUUUACACGGAAUUAUCAUGACAUUGGUUGGAGAAUUUUCGUGCUAUUGGAGAGAACAACGAGAAAUCAAUUUACCAGCAACUAGUAAAUUGACAUCAUCUAGCAAACAUUCCAGCUCAGCAAAAUUGAAUCAACCAACCCAGGGAAGAAGACGUGGAUGA